CUGGUAUUUCGGUUCUCUAAAUUAAUUUUACUAUCUCAAUCAUACUAGGUCUACUAUUUCGGCUGCCAUGUCUCACUUCGAUAAAACCCAAUCUCUCUCGAGCGUUGCCGACGCACGUUCGCUGUACGAUGAAUGGGCGACGAGCUACGAGAAGGAAAUGACUGGGGAGACUCACAACUAUGUCGCCCCCGCCGUUGCCAGCGCAUACGUCAUGAAAUGCUUGAACGCACCAAGUAUUGAUGAAAACAUUGAAAUACUAGACGCCGGAUGCGGCACUGGCCUUGUCGGUACUCACCUAUCCAAGUUGGGCGCCAAAAAGAUCGAUGGACUGGACCUGAGUCCUGGAAUGCUUGAAAUCGCUCGCAAAACAGAAGUGUAUCGAUCACUGGAGGAAUCCGACUUGUCUCAGCGUCUUUCUUUAAGGGACAGCUCCUACGACAUGGUUGUCUGUGUUGGCACAUUAACGGGAGGCCAUGUUGGCCCGGAGGCCCUUGAUGAGUUUGUUCGGAUCACCAAGGUAGACGGGUUUGUUGUUGCAACAGUGCGCGAUACUUACUGGGAAAGUGGUGGGUACAAGGCGAAGGCAAUAGCUUUGGCUGAGGAAGGGAAGGCACAAAUUGUGAAUGACGACGUCGAUGACUAUCGACCUGGAGCUGGAGUCAAGGCUAGAAUGUUGGUGCUGAAGGUCUUGGAGUAGUAACAAUCACCCACAAUCGCCCUGAGUAUGUAUCAUGGCUCAAGUACACCAAAAGCCAUUUCUCUUUCUAGUCGAGCUCCUGUCGCUCUGAGCUGAGUCGCCCAGAGUUCAGGCCGAGGCAGGCUGAGCUUGGGUUGAGUGUCUUGGAAGGGCCAGAUGUGAGACUAUCUGCCCGUUUUGGACACCAUUUGGACCACUCUAUCUCUAAUACUAUCACC